AUGGGAUUUUACCAAAACAUCCAAUCAAUGCUCAGAGAACAUCACAAUGGCGGAGGUAAAAGCUACUCUAGAUUGGUGCCGAAUAUGAGAGCAGCUGAGUUUCUGACAACUUUCUGCAUGCAAGAGCUUUCUGCUGAAAAGUUUAUCUCAAAUCUUGACCUGUCUGGAAAUCUGAAUCUGUCAGAAAACUGCGCCAAAGAUUUGGAAAUUCUAUCUAAUGGCACAAAAACCUUCUUCGAUAAUGUAAUCAGCACACGGCAGUUUGGAAAAAGAGAUAUUGACACAAAGUUAAUCAUUCCCGUCAUAGACGCAUGUGGAAAACUCAGCCCUGGAAUACUUCGAGGGCGUUCUAGAUUUAUUGGGUCGUUUGAGGAGUGUAUGGCCAUAGAUUACUAUGAUGCGCAGGCACUUCGAAGAAUCAGGGGAGGAUAUUUCAGAGUAUUGCUUCAAAUACCUAUUGCAAAUAGCACGACGAAUUUCAUGUGGGAUGUAUGUUUGCCUGCAUCUUGUACAGGGAAAGAGUUGCACACAGCACUUGCAGAUGGAUCUUUACCCUUGGUUGGCAAGUAUAUAGCGGAAGUAAUUGACGGCUUCGAGAAGAUACCUAAAUACGUUACAGCGUCAUACAUUGUUGGGGUAAUUUUACUUCUGACGAUUGCGAUCUGCAUAGUGGCAGGAAUCGUUGACUAUUAUAAUACCAAUGUGAAAAAACAACAACCCAAAGGCUUAGGCUACACUAUACUAAUGAACUUUUCACUUUACAAGAACUGUAAAUAUGUCAUUGCUCUAACCCCUGCGAAGAAAGGACAGAUUAGUACAUUGAAUUGCAUACGCGCUGUGUCAAUGAUAUGGAUCAUAACUGGUCACACAUUUUCAAUUUCGAUGGCUGCCUUUGGGCAAAACAGAGAGGUACAGGAAAGGGUUGUAUCAGUGCUGCUCUACAACUUUACACAUCACAUUUUGAUGGUGCCUGUAAAAAUUCGUACCUCAAAGCAUCCUCAUUGGAAAUGA